UCGUCUUCAUGGUUACCGAAUGAUGCACGAGAGGUGCAGAUUGGCUGGACUGCGCGUGACUCGAGACAUGGUUCAGGAGAUUCAGUCACAUCUUGACCCAGAGGGCGUACAGCAACGGAGAGGAACAAGACUUCGGAGAAGAUGUUAUAGUGUCCCAGGGCCCAAUUAUUUAUGGCAUAUGGACUCUUAUGACAAGCUGACUCCUUUCGGCAUUGGAAUAAACGGAUGCAUUGAUGGGUUUUCGCGUCAUAUAAUCUGGAUGCAAGCAAACUCUUCCAAUAGUAACGCCAAAGUAAUUGCAGCAUACUUUAUGAAUGCAGUCACGGGACUCGGGGGGUGUCCAAAAAUAAUCCGAUCGGAUUUAGGAACUGAGAAUGUUCAUGUUAAUAGGCUGCAACACUUCUUCCGAGAAGAUGAGACUGGCGUUGUGCAUGGGCCGUGUGUGUUCCAAGGACGCAGUACAGCAAAUCAACGGAUCGAAAGCUGGUGGGGGAUCUACAGGAGACAGAACGCAAGCUAUUGGAGGGACGUCUUCCAGGAGUUCCAGGCAACUGGAGACUUUAAUGGGGAUUUCAUAGACAAGGGUCUCAUCCAAUUCUGCUUUCUUAAGAUUAUCCAAAAUGAGCUAGACACCGUUGUGACAAUGUGGGACAACCAUCGCAUUCGACCAGGUGGAAACGGACACCCUAAUUAUCAUGGAAAACCAUGUUUGAUGUACAAUGUACCUGAGCUCUAUCAUACACAAGAUUAUUUGCAUCCACUACAGUAUGAAAGAGUUGGAAUUGUUCUCCAAGAGGACAUUUGUCUGUGGAAAACAGACAUUCCCUGCGACCAUGACCUGCAUGAGCUCUGUUUGAUGGUGAUGGAAGAAAACAACAUAGCACUGUGUCAUAACGCUACAGAGGCAAUACGACUUUACAAAGACCUGAGGCCUUUAAUAAGAGCACUCCUGCCAGAGCCUCAUCUCUGAUGUUGUUGUAGCAUACAGACAGAUGUACUGUCUAUGGUACUAAUAAUGAUGAUGAUGAUGAUGGUGGUGGCAUUUCCAGCAAUGAUGCCUCUCUAAAAAUUUACAUUUCUCAAGUAUCAUUGGCAUUUGCAUCCAUUGAUGCUGUGUGUUGAAAUGUUUUACUAAGAUAAUGUGAUUUCUGUGUAGUAGGCCAGAUUCAUAAUGGGGACCAGCAAAGGCACUUAAAGGAACACACACAGAUUUUGGGAAUUUAGCUUAUUCACCGUAUCCCCCAAAGUUAGGUAAGUCCAUACCUUUCUCAUCUCCGUGCGUGCUGUAACUCUGAAGCACACACCGCUAACCUAGCUUAGCACAAAGUCUGGAAGUGAAUGGCUCCAGCUAGCAAACUACUCCCAAUAAGUGACAAAAUAACGCGAACAUUUUCCUAUUUAUGUGUUGUGAUUUGUAUAGUCACACCGUGUACAAAUAACAAGGUGAUAUGAGACACAGCGAUCUGGGAACUAUAUUCUCUGAAGAUGAAGCACUGCUACUUGGGCGGAGUGAUUUGCACAACUCUGACCGAACUUUCUGCUCCUCACGAGAGGGCUUCUCGGGUGCUGCGAGCAAAGCACUCCGCCCAAGUAGCAGUGCUUCGCCUUUAGAGAAUAUAGUUCCCAGUAUGUAUACUGUUAAAAGAUGGCUGUGUCUCAUAUCACCUUGUUAUUUGUACACGGUGUGACUAUACAAAUCACAACACACAAAUAAGAAAAUGUUCGCGUUAUUUUGUCACUUAUUUGGAGCAGUAUGCUAGCUGAAGCCAUUCACUUCCAGACUUUGUGCUAAGCUAGUGGGGGCUGCGUCAGACAGAGUUACAGCACGCACGGAGAUGAGAAAGUUAUGUAUGGACUUAUCUAACUCGGUGAAUACGGGAUACGGUGAAUAAGCUAAAUUUCCAAAAUUGCCCCAUUCAUUCCUAUGGUACCAAAAAAAAGUUUUAUUUUGUGGCACCACACUUACUGUUAUAACUACUCAUGUAACAGUCUUUAAAUAGGGAAAACACGGAAGUUUGGUACCAUAGGAAUGAAUGGGUCUAGGCUAAAUGCUAACACAUUCACGACGCGCUGUACAGUGCACGCAUUGAAAUAAGAUAGAUAUGUAUUAAUUUGUCUAAGUUGAGGUAAUAAAAGGGUAGACUAUUCCUUUAAUAUUUGUUUUCUUUGUUUCACUUUACAAGAACAAGACAGACUUGUAAAUUUUGUUAAUAUUUUGAUUUGGAAUUGAAUGUGUAAUGUUUUCAAUACAUUUGAAAUAAGGAAAUAAAAUCUAUAACAUGUC